CUUCCACACAACGCUCAACUUUAUCCAACCAACACAAAACCCAUAAAAGGCAGGUUAGUUCAGAGGUACGGUCUUCGACCUAGUUCUCUGUUCUUGCUCUUUUCUUUCAAUCAAGAAAACCAAAAAAAUUUGAAAAAUCCAAAAAACCCUACCCGCCACUUUCAAGUCCCCCGCGACGCCGUCGACGAGCAGUCACCGCAGAAAACAAACAAAAAAAACAAAACAAGACCUAUCCUUUGAGACAACUCACCCCAGUUGCCUCCAUCCCCAAGUCGCUCAGCCUGCAGAUUGUCUACUCUGACUCGCCGAGCACUCUUCUUUCUGCUUCUCUUUCUGAAUCACCUUGUUUGAUACCCGUGAUUUAGUCAACCGUCGCAAUGGCCGCCAACACCACCUCGAACGCUGUUGACCAGCUCGCCAGCGAUCUCAACAACACAUCCCUCAAUGGCAGCGGCGAUGUCAAGGCUCCUGCCGUCGACACUGCCGUCAGCGCUGGUGCUGAGGAUGCCUCUGCUCCUACCCCCACCACCGCUCCCCACCCCCAGAACUCGGCCUCGCUCUACGUUGGAGAGCUUGACCCCUCCGUCACCGAGGCCAUGCUCUUUGAGCUCUUCUCUCAGAUUGGUGCCGUGGCUUCCAUCCGUGUCUGCCGUGACGCUGUCACCCGCCGCUCUCUGGGCUACGCCUAUGUGAACUACAACUCCACCCCCGAUGGCGAGAAGGCCCUGGAGGAGCUCAACUACACUCUCAUCAAGGGUCGCCCUUGCCGUAUCAUGUGGUCCCAGCGUGACCCCGCUCUGCGCAAGACUGGCCAGGGCAACGUGUUCAUCAAGAACUUGGACGUUGCCAUUGACAACAAGGCUCUCCACGACACCUUUGCUGCCUUUGGCAACAUUCUCAGCUGCAAAGUUGCCCAGGAUGAGAACGGAAACUCCAAGGGUUACGGUUUCGUUCACUACGAGACCGAUGAGGCUGCUGCUCAGGCCAUCAAGCAUGUCAACGGCAUGCUGCUCAACGAGAAGAAGGUCUACGUCGGCUACCACAUCCCCAAGAAGGACCGCCAGAGCAAGUUCGAGGAGAUGAAGGCCAACUUCACCAACGUCUACGUGAAGAACAUUGGACCUGAUGUCACCGACGAUGAGUUCCGUGAGCUGUUCGAGAAGUUCGGUGAUGUUACCUCAUCUUCUCUGGCCCGCGACCAGGAGGGUAAGCCUCGCGGUUUCGGCUUCGUCAACUUCACCACCCACGAGGCUGCUUUCAAGGCUGUUGAGGACCUCAACGGCAAGGACUUCCGCGGCCAGGAGCUCUAUGUUGGCCGUGCCCAGAAGAAGCAUGAGCGUGAAGAGGAGCUGCGAAAGUCUUAUGAGGCCGCGCGCCUUGAGAAGGCCAACAAGUACCAGGGUGUCAACCUGUACAUCAAGAACCUUGAUGACGACGUUGAUGAUGAGAAGCUCCGACAGAUGUUUGCCGAGUUUGGCCCCAUCACCUCUGCCAAGGUCAUGAGGGACACCCCUCAGGAGGGCGAGGAGGAGGUCAAGGACCAGGAGAAGGACAAGGAGAACCAGAAGGAGGCCGAAAACGAGGCCGAGUCUGCUGAGAGCGCCGAGAAGAAGGCCGAAAAGAAGUCCGACAAGAAGCUUGGUAAGAGCAAGGGCUUCGGCUUCGUCUGCUUCAGCAACCCAGACGAUGCCACCAAGGCUGUCGCCGAGAUGAACCAGCGGAUGAUCAACAACAAGCCUCUGUACGUUGCUCUUGCCCAGCGCAAGGACGUCCGCAAGAGCCAGCUUGAGGCUAGUAUCCAAGCUCGCAACCAACUGCGGAUGCAGCAGGCUGCGGCGGCAGCUGGUAUGCCGCAGCAGUACAUGCAGCCCCCCGUUUUCUAUGCUCCUGGCCAGCAGCCAGGCUUCAUCCCCCAGGGCGGCCGUGGCAUGCCUUUCCCCCAGCCCGGAAUGCCUCUUCCCAACGUCCAGGGAGGUCGCCCCGGCCAGUUCCCCGGAUACCCUCAGCAGGGUGGCCGUAACGUUCCUCAGGGAAUCCCCCCCAACAUGUACGGCAUCCCCGGCCAGUUCCCCCCUCAGUUCGGACAGCCCGGAACUCCUCAGUUCAUGGCUGCCAUGCAGCAGGCUCAGCAGCAGGCUGCCGCUCUUGCUGGAGGCCGCGGCGGCGCUCCUCAGGGUGGCCGUGGCAACAUUGCCGGCAUGCCUCCUAAUGUCCAGGGUGGAAUGCCUGGAUACCCUCCCAACAACCGCCAGGGCAUGGGCCGCAACAACAACGGCGGCAACAACAACAAUGCUGGUCGCAACGGCAACUUCCCUAACCAGCCUGCUCGCGACAACAACGCUUCCUCUAUGCUCCAGUCUCAGCUUGCUGCGGCCCAGCCUGCCCAGCAGAAGCAGAUUCUUGGAGAGCUGAUCUUCCCCAAGAUUCAGGCAAUCAACGCUGAGCUUGCUGGCAAGAUCACUGGUAUGCUUUUGGAGAUGGAUAACUCUGAGCUUGUCAACCUCAUUGAGGAUGAGGCUGCUCUGAAGGCCAAGGUUGACGAGGCGCUGGCCGUCUACGACGAAUACGUCAAGUCCCAGGCUGCUGGUUCCGAGAAGAAGGAGGAGGAGACCAAGGCUUAGGUAGAGCCGGUCUUUCCGCCUUUGACACGCAACAUCGUUUCCUUUGUCGUUUAAAAAUUUGACCACGGUGCGAGAUGAACUCGAAGACACCGAAUGAUACGUGAGAUGCAAUAUGAUAGCCACGGGUGCUCAGUCUAUUGCAUCAUGUAAGGAUAGACUUAUUUGCUAUAUUUUCUCAAGGAUGAACAAAAAGUUGUGUGGUUUGGAAGGUGGUAUUUUCGGAUGCGGGAAGCCGCCUUGCCCUGGCCGGGACAAUUCAUGUCGCUGGCAAAAAUCAGGCUCACCGGGAUGGCGUUGCGGGUUUUAUGAAGGCUGCCUCUGGGCUAUACCCCCAUGAACAUGGUCCACUCUCACUGGCAAAAAUAACGGAGGCAGGGGCUGAAACGGAUAGGAUUCUAGGGAAUUUUCUAAUAGAUAACAUGAUCUUAACC